AGGACGGCGGUGGAUCAACGUAGCCAUGGACGUUGAACUGCCAUGCAAUGCUGAAGAUGCACAGACCGCGGCUCUCACUCGGCAAUCGCAGCUUAGUCGAAGAGAGUACCUGCAAGGUGUUGGUCUCCUGCUGAUAGUCGUUUUCCUCUGGACAUCUUCUAAUUUCAUUACGCAAGAUAUAUUUGAUGAUGGCUACGAGAAACCCUUCCUUGUGACGUACCUGAAUACGAGCUCGUUUGCUAUAUAUCUUAUCCCUUGGGCGGUGAAAUGGUUCGUCAUGCGAAAAGCCAGUCAAGCGAGUGAUCACAUGCGAAUGGGCUAUGAAGCAAUUGCUGCCGUUGACUCGCUUGAGGCACCUACCUCCGCCUUAGCAUCAAAUUUCCGUGCCCCAUCCAUUAUAACAGAUGACGUCCGGAAGCCGAACGAUCUUGACCCGUUGACGACUCGACAGACUGCGCAAUUGGCAUCAGUGUUCUGCAUAUUUUGGUUCAUUGCCAAUUGGGGAAUAAAUGCAAGCUUGCAAUUUACCAGUGUUGCUAGUGCGACAGUCCUGUCAAGUACCAGUGGUUUCUUUACACUUAUUGUGGGACGCCUAUUUAAGGUCGAGAGUAUGACAUUAGCCAAGGUCUUAGCAGUUGUCACAAGCUUCUUAGGUGUUGCACUCGUUUCUUUCUCGGAUUCAUCAACAACCCGUGAUGAUCCGACAGAUGUUACUUCGAAUCAAUCCGUGCAGUCCUUGCCAGUCCUUGGAGAUAUCUUGGCACUGCUAGGCGCUCUGUUCUACGCGUUAUACGUUAUUCUUUUGAAGGUCCGUAUCAAAGAGGAAAGUCGAAUAGACAUGCAGCUCUUCUUCGGAUUUGUUGGCUUGUUCAAUGUGCUUAUGAUAUGGCCAAUUGCUCUCGUCCUGCAUUUUACGGGAGCCGAGACUAUAAGUGCACCACCGACGCACCGGGCCUUGGUUGCUGUCCUGCUCAAUAUGUUCAUUACACUAUCAAGCGACUACUUAUAUGUUCUCGCUAUGCUGAAGACGACUCCUUUACUUGUUACUGUUGGGUUGAGCUUAACGAUUCCACUGGCAAUUAUUGGCGAUUUCUUCUUGAAGAAGCCGUCAGCUCCAUUAGCCGUUUUGGGUGCUCUACUGGUUCUAGGAGCAUUUGUGUUGAUUGGCGUUGCAAAUGCGAAAGAUACUGCGCAACAGAAGGAGGGUUCAGACGGAAGUUUCGAGGUCGAAGAGGUAGAACCCAUCAUAGAGUCCUCGUCUCGUAGCUGACAGGCGCCAAAUCGGGACAUUUGCACGCUCUGUUAUUCCUGAUGCUUUGGGUUCCCACAGAUUGAGAGCUGUACUGGCCUAUCCCGUCGGGCUAGGGCUUCGGGCUCGGAGGUGGCCGCUAGUGCCACCCGCCUCGGGAUGUCUAGUUCAUCCACCAUGCCAGUUCCACAGUGCCAGUAUCCAACCCAUGAGUUCAGGAUCGCCGAUACUUCGGUCUUCCUCAUGCAGUUGCUUCCAUGUGGGAUCUUUGUAGAUUUUGGUUGUGCAGUGCAUGACCUGAUCAUGCGUGCAUGUAACAGUAAUUGUACAGAUUUUAGCUAUUUUAUUCUUGUUGUAUGGACGAUAUAGAUUUGCC